AUGAUUUCUUCACUUGAAGAAAAUGCCGGCAUUGUUCCAAACUUAGCUUUGGAGCAUAAAGCAGAAAACACUACAACUGUCAAAACAAAUGAAAAUUUUGGAUCAGAAUCUGGUAACAAUAAAACCAUAGAUACUAAAAGUGAAAAUGCAACUUCCACCACUACUACCUCAAUUAAUAAAGAUGAGACAGUCGCCGCCAAAUUAAAAAAGCUCGUGCAAAAAAAUGAAUUUAUUCUAAAUAAUAUUCCGAUUAAUUUGGCAAAUUCUAAUCCAGCUAAUACCGAAGUAUUAACCCUCAAAACACACACGCAACUUGAAAAUACAAAGAAAAUUAAAGAUCUUUCACAUGAACAUCCAAAACAAAUUCCAACAACUUCAACAGUUUAUUCUGCCGCUUCAUCCUCAACCGAGUUUCCGUUUACUGAAAUUAAUAAUGAAAACACUGUAAUUAAUCAAAACAUACAAAAAAGCGAUGAAGGAAUUGAUGUUUUAAAACCAAAAAAAAAAGAACAAGCAACACAACAGCAACAAGCUGAUCAAAGUUCCGUCAAUGAUAUCAAAGCUAAUACCCAAGAAACUGCUUUCAACUCAACAGCCCAGGCUCCAAAGAACAUUGUUGCCUUAUAUAUUGGAGACUUGGACCCUCGAGUAACUGAAAAAAUGUUAACAGAAACAUUUUCUAAAUAUAAAUCUUUAACAUCUGCGAAAUUAUGUGUUGAUUCUAUCACAAAGAAAUCUCUAGGUUACGGAUAUAUUAAUUUUUCAAAUGAAAAUGAUGCUGAAUUGGCUAUGGAUGAGUUUAAUUAUUUACCACUUUGCGGGAAAGAGGUUAGAAUUAUGCCCUCUUUAAGGAACUCAUUUUAUAGAAAAAAUAUUGGAACCAAUGUUUUUUUUUCCAAUUUACCAUUGGAAAACCAAAAUUUAACAAGCAGGAUAUUUUAUGAUACAUUCAAGAAAUAUGGCUCAAUUUUAAGUUGUAAAUUGGAUAGACGAAAAAAUAUUGGGUUUGUUUAUUAUACCGAUCAUGAAAGCGCCAAAAAUCUGAUUGCUGAUUAUAAUAACAAACUAUUUUUUGGAACCAAUAUUAAAUGUGGUAUCCAUUUUGACAAAGAAGUUAGGACUUCACCUGAAUUUGAAACAAGGAAGUCAAACUUGGAUAUAGAAACUAUUACAAAGGAAACUUUGAUUUCAGAAAACGACAAAGAGUUAGAGGAUAAUUGUAAUGAAGAAGAUGGUAUAAAAGUUCCACAUCCGAAUGCAAUUUUUGUUAAAAAUUUACCGUUGCAUGUUAAAAAGGAAGAUAUUUUAGAUUUUUUCAGUGAGGCUGGCCCAGUUAAAUCUAUUUAUUCAUGCAAAGUAUACAAAUUCAGUUCCUCAUGGGCCUUUAUCACAUACAAAAGAGGUUCGGAUACCAAAAAUGCCAUCAAAUUAUUGAAUAACAGAAUGUUUAAAAAUAAAAAAGUUCAAGUCCAAAAAGCUGAAAAAAUUAAUAAGAAAGAGAUGAAGGAAAACACAGAAGUUGAUAACUAUGAACCCAGUAAUUUUAAACCCAACACUUAUAAAACCGUUAUUUAUUUAACCAAUUUGAGUAGUACCUGCAAUAAUGAUUUUUUAACAUUUUUAUGCAACCAAGAGAGAAUUAGAAUUAAAAAUGUGGCUAUCCGUUGGUACAAUAAAGAGUCUUGUACCUAUUCUGGACAUAUCUCAUUUAAUACUAAAAAUGACGCCAUUAGAUUUUUCAGUUUCAUGAACAAAAAAUUGAUUGGUGAUAGCGUUGUUAAAGUAUCAUGGCAACCAGAAAAAAAAACCGAGUCAUUGGUUGAACAAAUUCCAGAUUUGGUAACAUCUCAAUCUUCAGUUUCUUCGACAUGUUCAUCACCUUUAUCAUUGUUGAGUGGUCCAAUGUCUUAUAAAAGAAUUGCAAAUGAUACUACUGCACUUACAACUCCAUUAGCCGAUAUUUCGGAAACUGUUGCUAAAUAUAAUAACAAAACAGAAAGAAAACACAGUUAUUAUCAUAAUUAUAAGAAAUUUCCAAAUACUAGUAAAAAUACUGGCAAUAUUAACAAAAAUAAUGAUAUUGUUAAUAAUAAAGAUAUGUGCUACCAUAGGAACGAUGACAGUAACUUUAGAUUGGCGCAUACUUUUUAUCAAUUGCCUAAAGAAGCAAACACAUUAGCUCGCAAAGAAAUAUUAAAAAUUCUAGAAACAGAAAUAAAAAAGGGAAUUGAUUUCUUGAAAUACCCAGCAGCCACUCAAAAACAGAAUUUAAGAUGCAUUACUGAAUACAUUUUUGAAAUUUACUGGAGGGGCAAUAUUGAAAAAUUGACAGCUUUUAUUUUGUUGCUAAACAAUGAACCAAGAAAUGAAAUAAUAUUAUACAGGCAAAUUGAAGAAAGUAUUAAUUUUUUAGGAUUCUCUUAUAUGACUUAG